AGAAAAAGGUGGAGGAGGAAAAGGAAGAGAAAGAGAAGGAGACGCCGAAGACGAAGAAAGUGUUGAGAGGAGAGUGUGUUGGCGAUCAAAAAGUGGGGAGGACAAGGUAGAAGGAACGAGGAGAAAAGGCGGCUGUGGUAGGGGAAACGGCGAGAGAGUAGAGUAGAGAAGCAGAGGCAGCGCACUGAGCCACGAGGGGCUAUUCGAGCGAGAAGGGGAGGGGUGACAAGGAACCCUGGCGGGGAGGGGACGCGGAGGCCUUCGGGGGGCCGACCAACCAGACGGCCGAUGAUGUCAUCGGGGGAGGAGACCGAGUAUUUCGCCCCCUACGGAGCAACCACGGAAAGCAAGCAACAGCAACUCCAGAAGAAGCAGAAGCGCACCAGACAGCGCGUGGACGCCGGCGAGCCGCGCAACAACUACUCGAGUAUACCGCACUUCACCUCCCGGCCAUCCUUCCACGGCGGUGGUCUGUACGGUUCUAUCUUCGGUGGCAGCGGGCCAACACAUCAACAACAACAACCACAACAACAACAAUCUCAACAUCAUCAAUCGCAGUCGCAACAACAACAACAGCUCCAGCAACAACAGGCUGGAGCGGCAAGCAGUCAAGGUCAUUUAGGUACAACUACGACGGGUCCUACAGCUCAGCAGCAUUCCGCCCACGCGGCUUUCGGCUUCUUCGGGGCACCGGGUUACGGCCCCGCCAAGAUGUUGAACGAGCUACUCGGACGACAGGUCAAACAGGCCAGUGACGCCGGUGGCUCACCGCCAGAGGGCGGUCACGGAAUGACUGGUGCCGGCAUGGACCCAGCCGCUAAUUUGCAAUCCGGUGCUGUAGUUAAUUGCGACGAUCCCGCCACCGCCGAGCUUACGCAGCACAUGCUCCGCGACAUACUCCAAGGGCGCAAACUCUCCGCGCGCUCGAUCCAAGAGCAGUCGAACAACAAUAACAGUAUACACAGCAACAACAACAACAACAACAACACAGCGGAUUUACUUAAGUCUCAACAACAGCAUCAGCAUAGUCCUCAACAAAAUAGUGAUAGUGCACGUAGUGGAACAGUGCAAAGUGGUGGAGAGGAGAGUGGUGAUGGAAACAACGUCGUGAAUAACGCGAAUCACAGUGAUCGUGAUACCGUGAUGCCGGGCGAUGCUGAGGAUAGCGCGGAGGACGCAGCCGCGGCCGCACGUGCUAUGGAAGAGGCAUUCGCCGAAGCUGGUAUGGAGCCUGGGGCCAAUCUCGAUGGAUCCGACUGCGAACAGAGUUUACCACCCAGUCCCACCCAACCAAGGUCAGGCUCUGUUUCCGUCAAGGAAGAAUUGCAGGAUUCGUUGAACAUCAAACGUAGCCCGAGUCAUUCUCCUUGUCCGAUCAUACCGAAAACCGAGACCAGUUCGCCGACCACGGAAACUAAACGAGCACGUGUUGAAAAUAUCGUCAGCACGAUGCGCAGCAGUCCGGCCCUUCAAACUCCCACGGUGAACGGUUGCAAGAAACGUAAGCUCUAUCAUCCUCAGCAACAAACCAUACACCACGUUCUCCAGCACGGUGUCAACGAUACCAUGAUGGACGACGAGGAGGUGAACGACGAACUAGAGGAUCCCCUGACUAUCAGGCAGAAACGCGAGGAAAAGGAUAACCUUCAGUCGCAGUUGAAAAGUUUACACGAACAAUUGGCUGUGAUGCAGCAAAAGUACGAUGAGCUUACGAGUAGAAUCGAUUCGGACAUUGGCGACAUCGUUGGUGCACCGGCCAGUCCUCAACCACCGACCAAACGGACCCGACUUCAUCCACCAUCGUACAACGGGCUGCCGGCCCUGCCGACCGAACACCCGCAUGCCGCGGCAGCCGCCAUGUAUCAUAUGGGACACAAACUCUACCUCGAACAGCAACAAGCUGCUCUAGAGAGAAUGAAGCAGCAUCAGGAGGCGGCUGUCAGGCAACAGCACCAGCAGCAACAGCAACAGCAGCAGCAGCAGCAGCAACAACAACAGCAGCAACAUCAACGGCAAAGUUCUCCACCGCCACCACCGAGUCAAGCGCAGCAACAGAGCCAAAGCAAUACCGGCCCGUCCACCCCGCAGACGCCGCAAAUGCAGCCAGCGGGUACUCCUCUUCAGCACAAAGAUUUCCAAGAAAGGAUAAAUAUGUUCAGACCAGCCGCAGCGGCCACCGGCUCGUCGGCUUCACACAUCACCGACGAGGACCUGCAAAGUCUGUCGGACGCGUUGAAGGUGGAGAUCACCUCGUGCUUGACAGGUCUGAUCGACAAAGUAGUUAACAGGUUCGUGCAACAGAGGAGGUUUCUUGGUAAACAAAGCGAGGCGGCUCAGGUUGCCGCUGAACAGUUGAACAAGGAUCUGAUGUUGGUGAGCCAAGUAUUGGAAAGAAAAUCGCCAAGGACGAAAGUAGUUGACAGAGCAGCACCGCAACCCGGUGGCCCAAACGGGCCACGGGGGCCCCACAAUGGCGGGCCCCCUCCUCCACAAUCUACGGGUUUCCCUCAAAUCGUUACCAUGGCUGGCGUUCCCCAUGGUCCUCAUUCCGGCCCCACGGAGAACAAUCUUAAUCAAAUGAAUCAGCUGCCCCCGCACGUGAGGGCGAACGGAGGAAGGUUUCAAACCUCCCAACCGCCCACGAUGUAUAGGACCUGCAUGCAGGGACCGCAACAACAGCAGCAACAACAACAUCAACAGCUGGAACAUCAGCAGAGAGAGCAACAGCAACGCGACCAAUAUUGUAACAUGAGGGGAGAGGAGAGAGAAAGCAGGGACUCGGAACAGAACGAGGCACUCUCGCUCGUCAUAACACCGAAGAAAAAACGCCAUAAGUAUUUCCCAUCGCAGGUAACGGACACGAGGAUCACGCCGAGGACGGUGUCCCGAAUCCUGGCGCAGGAGGGUUGCGCAUCGCAAGGAGGAAGCGAGAGUCCACCGCCCCCGCCUCCGCCGAGAUCGUAUCACGCGCCGCCACCGAUGCUGCCAGUGUCUCUGCCAACCAGCGUAGCGAUACCGAAUCCAAGUCUCCACGAGAGUCAAGUGUUCUCGCCGUACUCGCCGUUCUUCAACCCUCACGCGAGUCAUCCGGGUCAGGUACCACCUCCGGGUCCGCAUCACCUACCUGCCAGUCCUCCUGGCGGAGGUGUAGAGCUCAGGGAUUCCCCUCCACUGCCUCAUCCGCCGGCUAUACUGCAUCCUGCCUUAUUGGCGGCUGCCCAGCAUGGCAGUCCGGACUACGGACAUCUCAGGAUAGACAGCAACGACCGGCCCCCCGGUGAUUGCAACUCCGGCGACAUCAGUUACGACGGGAUUCAGCCUACAUCGUCGACGUUGACGCCGAUGCAUCUGAGGAAGGCGAAACUGAUGUUCUUCUGGGUCAGGUACCCUACCUCGUCCAUCCUCAAGAUGUACUUCCCUGACAUCAAGUUCAAUAAGAACAACACCGCACAGCUGGUCAAGUGGUUCUCCAACUUCCGGGAGUUCUACUAUAUUCAAAUGGAGAAAUACGCGAGGCAAGCGGUUUCUGAAGGUGUGAAGAAUGUCGAGGAGCUUCGGGUCGGUGGUGACUCGGAAAUCUAUCGAGUUCUCAACCUUCAUUACAACCGAAACAAUCACAUUGAGCCUGGUUAUGAAUUACAGGUACCGACCCACUUCAGGUUCGUCGUCGAGCAGACGCUAAAGGAAUUCUUCAAAGCAAUCCAAGGUGGCAAAGACAACGAACAGAGCUGGAAGAAGUCCAUCUACAAAGUGAUCGCUAAGCUGGACGACGCGGUACCGGACUACUUCAAGACCCCGAACUUCCUGGAUCAGCUCGUAUGAAUCAGCAGGUCGCGUGACUCUUGCUCUUCGUGGUGCGCGGGCUCGUCAGCGCUCGUCGGCUCCCGGUAAAGUCAGAAAACUAACAGAACGAUUACGAAGAGGGAGGAACGGUCAGCGAGGAAGGAUCGCAUCCGCCAUUGGAGGUACACGUCCUUCGCGUAAAAGCGCGUUCAGGUAUCCUUACAAACUAACAUAUCGCAGAACGAUCGUGAGAGAGAUAGAGGGAGAUUAGUUGGGAGGGAGAGAAAGAUAGAUAGAAAUGAGAUAAAAUGUUAGGGAGAUUAGAGGAGUAAGAAAAAAAAAAAAAAGAAAGGGAGAGAAAGUACAGAGAGAGAGAAA